AUGAUGCGCUACGUGCUGUGUAUCCUCGCUCUCCUGCUCUCAUGUGCGUGUGUGCACGUCCUCGCUGAAGAAGUGCCUGCGGCCGAUCUUUCCGACCAAGUCCCUGAUACGGAGAGUGAGACAAAGAUUCUUCUUCACGGUACUGGUGAUUCUCCUCCUGCUGAUCCUGGUACUCCUCUUCCUACUGGUCCUGGUGAAGCUGAAUGCCCUUCCGUCGCUGUUGGUGAUAAUGAAAAAUGUCGUGCUACUACUACAAGUGGAUCUUCUGGACGUGGAAGUGAUGGUAGUAGUGGUAGUGCAGACACACAACUUACACAAGUUACAGCACAAAUGACUGAGACGGUCAGUGGUGUACAAGUCUCACAGGGUCCUCCCGGUGAAUCUAGUACUGCAGGUGCUGAUACCACAGGUAGAGAUGCUGCUGCUGCUCCCUCUCCUAGUCCUACUUCUGAAUCUACUACUACUGAUGGAAGUGGUGGUGCUGUGUCUGCAAGUGAAGGUCAAGAUGGAGGAAGUGCGGGAAAUGCAAAUGGAGCAGCCGAACAUUCUUCUACUAACGGUUCAACCUCAGUGAGCGGUGGUGAAAAUUCUAGUGCCACAACGAAUGAGAACGACCCCUCAUUUGCAGGAACUGCAAAUUCUGGGGAUGAUACUACAACAAAUAAUGAAGAAUCAACCACUGCUACUACCACCACCACCACCACCACAACACUUCCUCCUGAACUCACAAACAACAAGAAGGGUGAUGCAGACAGCAGCAGCAGUAUCAGCAGUUCUGUGUGGGUGCGUGUACCACUAAUGAUUGUGGUUACACUGGCCUGUAUUCUUGUGUGCUGA